GGCGCAGGGCUGCGGGCGAGGGGCGGAGCGCAGAGACCCUGUGGCUGCCAUGGCCGCCUCCCCCUCCCCGCAGGCUCCCUUAAAUACUAUGGGGCGGCCGUGACUGCGGUGGGUGCCGCUGCCGAGCGCACUAUGCGGGCUGUCAUCGCCUUGGCCGCGGCGCUGGGCAGCCUGCUGCUGGGAGGCUGCCUCCUGCGCCUGGGCGGCCAGCAGCCCCUCCGCGCCAGGGGCUGGGAGGAGGAGGCAGGAGUAGCGGCUGUCACGCCGAAAGUGGUGCGAGCCCUCAGGUCUCCCCUGACGCCCCUUCCUCAGACCGAGAACAGGUAUGGGCUGGCCGCCCGCAGAACAACUCUUAAUAAAAAUGGAAUUUACCAGUUUGAACAGGCUUCAAAAUGUAAGGCAAUUCAGGACAACAUUUUGUCAUCAUCCAUCAAGAAGAAAAGAUACUCAGAAGAUUAUUAUCUUCACAUAGUCACAAAACUGCAGAACUGCACCUGGGUAAGGAAACCAGAAGAAUCUACAAAAUUCAGGUCAGAAUUAGCUUCCUGCUGUGAUGCAGUUCACAAUUUUAUUGCUUCUCAAAACAACAGCCCACUGGGAAGUAACAUGAGUUACGAAGUGGACAGUAAAAAGACUAUCCUCAUUACAGAGGACAUUUUUAAGAUGCUGCCUGUGUCCUCUCCUCUUUCAGUCUAUCCCUUCAAGAACUGUGCUGUGGUUGGAAAUGGAGGCAUUCUGAAAAAUUCCAGCUGUGGAGCUGAAAUCGAUAGUUCUGACUUUGUGUUCAGGUGUAACCUCCCUCCAACCGCAGGAAACAUUAGCAAAGAUGUUGGCAAUAAAACAAACCUUGUGACUGUUAAUCCGAGUAUCAUAGCCCAGAAAUACAACAAGCUCAAUGAAAAGAAGACACAAUUUCUGGAAAACAUUGCAGUCUAUGGAGAUACUUUUCUUUUACUGCCGGCAUUUUCCUUCAGAAGCAACACGGCCACUUCUUUUAAAGUAUACCACACUCUGAAAGAGUUCAAAGCAACGCAAAGGGCAAUAUUUUUUCACCCCACUUAUCUGAAAAGUCUUGCCCAGUUCUGGAGAACUAAGGGUGUGAAAGCCUACCGGUUGUCAUCUGGUUUUAUGAUCACUAGUGCUGCUCUUGAGCUGUGUGAGAAUGUGAAGCUCUAUGGCUUCUGGCCUUUCUCAAAAUCCACAGAGAAGAUGCCAAUCAGCCACCACUAUUAUGACAACCAGCUGCCUAAACCAGGUUUCCAUGCAAUGCCCAAAGAAUACAACCAGAUCCUUCAGCUUCAUGGCAAAGGCAUUUUGAAGUUGCAGUUUGGUAAAUGUGAAUCAGACUAAAAAGAGUGAUGAUCCUAAGGAGACAAACUCAGCAGUUCGGUGUUGGAUUUGAUCUGAUGUGAUUUUGUGAGCAUUAAACUGCAUUAUUACAAUAGAGAAAUAUUUUACACUUGGGGAGAAAACAAAGUGGAUUUUUCACACAGUGACUGCUACAUUUACAAAUUUUGAGUGAUCAUUUUUUAAAAUAAUGAAGUAACAAUUAUUUGAAAAAUUCUGAAACUCCUUACUCUUGGUUUAAUGGUAGAAAAGCACAAUCUCAGGAUGGUGGCAAUAUGUGACAUUCAUCAUAUUUUGCUUCUUAGAGGAUCACUAAAAUAUUUUGACAUAAGAUCUCUGGUUUUGUUGAUAUCACAUAAUAUAGGCAAUAGUUUCUGUAUGGUGGCUGCAUGAGUGAACAUUUUCAGUUAAAAACUUCAUCCUGCAAAUACUGGCAUUUGUCUACAUGAGAAAAGUGAUGAGAAGAGCUGCAGAGGAGUAAUUAAUUCAGAACCAUGUCAUUCUUCGUUUGUCCCAGGGUGCACAGAUGAGAAAAUCCCUGAGGUUAGAGGUAGUUAAGUGGUUUAUGGGCUUUCGUUUUUUGUGCAAUAGAUGAUGCUGUGGAUUUAAUGGUAUCACUCAUAUGAGUAAUAUUAAUUCUGAGAACAAGUGUAUGAAGGACCAGAGCUGUAUAAUUAUUUAUAAACCACUUUACUUGCUUGUUUUCCUGUCUAGAGUCCAGUUUAGCUCCAAAUGAGGACAGUGAACCUGGUUCCACACUACAGUCCCCAGAGUCCUGGUAGGGCAUGACUUUGCACACAUUCUUGCCAUUCCAGCUCUGUCUUGGCUGAUACAUGAGACAGAAUUUCCAUUAGAAAGAUGAUGGGUACCAAGCCUAUAAUUCAGUUUCUUUUCAUGUAUUAUAGCUUGUAUCCAUAUAUGACUACGAUAAUGAAACUGCACUAGGCAUUAUUAGAAGAAUGUUCCUCUUACCAUCAACCCCCAGCUCUUCAACACCAGGACGUAUGAGAAAAGUGACUACCUUCACUUAAUUUAUACCCUGUGCAGUUCUUUAAGUUUUCCAUGCAGUCCGAGAAUACAUGUGGAGCAACAUCCUCCAACAAGAGAAAGUGAAAUAUCAGCCCAGUGGAAAGAAUCACCUUAUCAUUUACAAGAACUAUGUCACACCAUGACAAGCAGUUGUACCCUAGCUUUUACUGUUUAUAUGCUUAUAUGUUCUACUGCAGAAAAAAAACCCCAACCGAGCAAGCAAACAAAAUUUAAAAAUUUUAAUAAUCAGAUUCUGUUAAGAGUUUCACUGACUUUUUUUUGAGAGUCCUUUGAAUGGUCAGUUCAAAGAUAGAGUGUCCUUCUUUUACAGUCAGAUACUAUCAGAUAUUUCAUUUACUAAAACUCCUUUUGCUACUGCAGCAUUAAACCCCAAAUCAACUGAUUUAAAGAGCAUUCAGUAUUCCACUCUUCGAGGAUUACAUCUGCAAAAAAAAUUCCCACUCAAAUGAAUUGCACCUUAUGAAAUAAGGUUCAAAAAAGCCUUUUAAGUGUAUACCUCAUAAGAGCAUUACUGCAUUGUAAUAUUUGAAAGCUUACCUUGCAGCAGUUUUAUAAUCACAUAAACACUCCUGGAAGUAUUAGAAUCAAUCAUUGGGGUUACAGGUCUGUUGAUUGAAACACAUUCAGCAUCUGGAUCUAUUUCCAGGAUAAUGAUAUCAGAAUCCAGUAUUACUCCUACCCAAGCAGAAGUGUCCAUAAAUUCUGGAUGCAAAUAUCAGCAGUAAAGUCCAUUUUUGAAAAUAAGGGGUUUUAAAAAUUACAUAGUGAUUUGAGGCAAUAACUGAUGCCACUAAUACACAUGUGGACCUCUGAGUGUCAGUAGAGCCUGUAACAGAAACAAAGACAGCAGAAUUGAGCUGAGUCCAUCUGCAUUACCAGGUGGUGACUGAAAGAGGGGAGCACAAGGGUUUGAUUUACUCUGAUCUGUUCCAGUUCCAGCACCAGAAUCCACAUUUUUUCUUGCCCAGCAGUGAGAUUUUUGCCAUUUUCUGGCCACAGGCAUCUGCUGCUCAUGUGCGGAAAACUGGCUGCUGCAAGAACCUGCAUCCAUGUUACAAGUGUUAUCGAUGAUUGCCUACUGCAACAUCCUAGUUACAGAUCAAAGACAAAUUUGCUCCCAAAAAGAGCAUCUCCUCUGCUAUAAAUCACUCACAUGGAGUGUUUUUAGUAGAAGCUGUGCAAAGUGAUGUAGUUGUCCUUUGGGUGAUGCAAACAGCUGAGGUUGAGGAGAACCUUGCUGCAUUUCUUCCAGAGAGGCAAAGGCACACCUCUGUUCACAUAAGGACUGUAACUUAUUCCAGUCUAGUGUAGAGCAGUGAGGUGAUCCUGGCUGUGUAGCAGUUACAUGGUUUGCCUUGGGGAAAAUUCAUACAUCUUUUAGAGGUUCUUGCAUUGUAUCCAGAACAACUGCAAAUGUUCCAUGUGUACAUAGAGAUAAUGCAAGAUCAUUCAUUGCUCAGACUAAAUUCAAUUAACUACUCAGCGUGAGUAAAGGGGCAAAACCUGGUUGUGUGAAGUAGAAGAUGGGGAGAGGAGAAGAUGAAAUUUAUUUUUAGCAAAGAAGCAACUUUUUUCAAAAGCACUUGUUAGUACCAGACUUCAUUGUUUCAGUGAAUAAAUGUAAACAGUGUACCAUGACACGCCAUGAAGAGCUGAAGUUACUGUGCAUCUGAACUAUUUCUGUGCAGCUACACUAUUUGAAACACACAUGUAUUAGUAACUGGAAAGGUCAUCAGAAUACAUUUUAGGAGAGGUUUAGCCAAAAAGAGGAAACCUAUUCUAGCCUUGAUGAAAAGAGGUAUUAACUGAAGGAGUGUGGUGUAGCACUCACAAAUGAGAGCAAAUAGAAAUUUCUGUAGUAUGGACAGCCACUGACUUUUUAGCACUGUUUCCAUGAAGUUUAAACUUGCCAGUGACCUGAAGACCUGAUCUUCCCUGCUCUCAAGGCUCUCAGUGAUUUGUGUGGAAGAUGGGGCUGAUAAGAAAUGCGUGAAGGAAUUGUUGAUCUUUCCUACCCUUUCCUACAAAUGCUCUUAACUCUCCAUAGAAUAAAAAUACACUCUAUUAGACUUUAGAUUAAGAACCUCAGGCCUUGCUCCAGACAUGAAGUUAUUAUGAGAUGUUAGUUGCAUCCCCUUCACUCUACAGGAGGGCAGACAUUUUACUCAGCUUUAUUAUAACUACUGGUGCUGUGUGCUGGCCGGGUCGUGCUAAUUCAGGCACAGGCUGGGCAAGUUAAUAGUGGCAUUUCUGCAUCACAGGGUAUAGUUAGAAUGACCAAGACUUUCUGAAGUACAUUCACUGUGGGAAAUGAUGUUUUCUUGGAUAGCUGAAUAAAUUAUUUCUCAUUUAUUUUACAUCUGUGCCAGGUUAAUAAUAAUAAAUGGAUUUUGUACCUGGCUGGGUAUGUUUAUGACACUUUUGUAAGACUGAGACAACAUCAGUUUGGAUUAAGGAUUCUUGACCAAAGGUUAGGAAGGACCUUUCAGUUUCCUCUAUUUCACAUGAGGAAUAUUCAUUUUUAGGGAUUGUGAGCCUCCAAUGCUGUCACAUGCUGUGGAAUGAAUAUUGAGAUUAAAUAGCUUUCUAAAGAUAGAAACACUGGCAAUGUGCUAAUAUUUCCACUCUACCUUUGCAGAAGCUGACAGUGUCCUUGCACGACUGCAUCACACCAUCCUUUGAUUAAAGCCCGCCUGGCUGCUUUUAUUCCUUUUUCUCCUCUGAAUCUCUAAUGUUGCAUCCUCUUUCAGGAUCCAGUGCUGCCUUGAGUUGGUUAUUUGUCUUUACCCUGUGGAGUGCUAUGCAGUCCUGUUUAGUGUCUGUUAGGGAGUUUGUGUGACUGUGAAUCAAACACUGCUAUGCUUGCAGCUUAGUAAAACAUGCUCUAAGCGACCGGGUUUACACCUCAGGGAAGGCUGCUUGGUGUGAUAUUCACGUUGCCUAACUGGAGGUGCUAAAGUUGGAAAGCAAAGGAGCCGGUAAGACCAUGCAGGUGAGAUUGUAGGGACACAACAGGCACCAUUUGUUAUCCAGCAGCUGUUGGACAGACCCAGAGUCCCCUGAAAGCUUGACCAAGUCCAGAGGUAACAUCUCUGAGGGUCUGCCUGGUCAGAAGGGAGAGAUGGGCCCCUGCAGGGGGGAUUGGCAGCACAGCAGCUCUUCUGGUGGGCCGGAGCCCAUCUCACCCUGUGGUGCCAGAAGGUGCUUAAGGCACCUACACUAUGGACUCUUGGUGCCUACACUGCUGAUUAUUGCUCACCCUUUUCUCUUUCCCAUUACAGUCAUUUUAACAAGCUGUUGACCACCGGCAGAUUAAGAAAUGAAAAGCAGAAAAAUUCUUAGUUCACUGAUGGUAAACUUGCAUAAACUUGCUUGUUAUUCAGCAUGCCUCUGCUUUCAGUCUCUUCUAAUCCCAGCAUCUAAGACAGCAUCUGCAGAGAACAGAGGUGAACAAGGCCUGGGCGGUUUGAGACCAGUUGCUCUCAUUUUGAUUCUCUUUCCUUUGUACAGUAGUGAGAUGACUGACAUACCAGCAUGCUUGACAAAAGAUGAAAUUCUCUGUCUUGUGUGACUCAGAAAAAGAAACUAAAUUAUCUAGGUGACUUUGAACCUUCUGUGGCUCUCUAAAUUACUGGCAAAAUAUUCCUAUUGUUAGGUAUUAGUUGAUUUUAUUCAGUGCAAGUACAUGGAUCAGUUAAUUGAUCUGGGUUAAUUGAUCAUGUACAGCUUGAGCCUGCACAGACUCCGUGGUGGAGCUGCAGCCUAACAAGGCAAUCGAGGUUUAGAUCUAUUUGACCUAGAGAUCUUUUUUUGUUCUGUCAGUUGCUCUCCUGUGACAAAUUUGUGGAGGGAGGUCCUGAAUAUCCAUGCAGUAUCUCCUCCAGGGACACUCAGGUCCACAAAACACACAUCCACCUGUAUGUGAUCUGUGAGUCUGUGAGAUCAAGCUCAAGGAAUAUUCUGUGGAGUGCUUUAUUCUGAAACAGCCCUAUCUCAAACAGCUGAUAGCCACUUGUUGCGUACUUUGAAUCAGUAGACUUCUUACAUAUGAGCCUUUUAGUUAAACAUAUCUUAGUUUAAAAUAUUCAAAGCUAGGUAAUCCUUUAUCUUGUGGUACUUCAGCAGCAGAUCUCUUUAAUCUCCAGGUCUGCUAGCCAACAACAGUGCCAAGGGGGCGUGUAGUUACUUUAGAAGGCCCAACUCUCUUUAAUUCUGUCAUUUUAGACAGGAUCGUCAUUCUCUGAGUUUCUGGACAGACAAAUUUCAAAUGCUGCUAAUCUCUCAGGGGAAAUCCUUAAGGCUUUUCACCUACAGCAUACAACAAGUGGGCAGAUUUAUAUUUAUUAAGCUUUGUUCCAGAUUUUCAUAAAGUAUUUAAUUGGCUCAAAAUUAUCAUUAUGAUCAAGUAGAGCAGAAACGCUCCGCAGCAUGCCACUAAACAAAGGGACUAUUGCUGUUAUUUCGUGGUCUCCUUUCAUAAGGGCACAUUUCAGAAUACCUUCCUAUUCUGAGAACGCGGCGCACCAGAGGAAUGACCCGGGGUUACUGGGUUACAGCUACAGGGGUAGCAGCCCAUCAGUGUGCUCUCAGUGUCGAGCAAAUUCCAGUAGUACAGCGAGAGCUUAACAUGAUGGGAGAACAUCAGCUUGAGUUUGCCAUCGACCAAGGAGUAAGUGCAGUACUGUGAUGUGGAUAGAGCUCACAUCACUCUGAGCAAGAGCAAUAACUGCCCUUGGGUGGCAGGUGCUGGCAGAUACUGGUUUACGAUGAAAACAGUCUGGCUGUGAAACACAAGGAGUGGCAUCUUCAUGUUGCCAUCAAAAGAACAUUCAAAAGAACAUUUGCUAAAUCCUGAUGUACCUUCAGCAAUACAUCAGUGUUUGUUGCCGCACCUGGUACUUCUGUGUCUUGUCUUUUUUUAAUCCCUCUUUUCUCCAGUGAGGGAGAAAACUUACAAUGCAUGAUGGAAGUAUUUAAUGAUCCUAUCAUGGUUUCAAGGCAAGAGCCCAUCAGAAUGAAUCAUGCAAAUAGUUGUGACAGGAUAGUCUACUGUCAAUAUUGCUGAGUUUAAAUUCCUCACGAUUCACUUUCAUCCCUGACAAGAGGAGAUUCUUUACAGCAAGUCUGUAGGUCAACAACAUGCUAGGCUUCUCAGCUCUUGGCUUGGCUGUGAGAUGUCCCUAAAAACACCUCCUCCUUGGUGUAUUUAUUGUCAGUGUUUACAAUACAAACCCAUUCUUGUGACACUGAAGUGUAGCAGCUAACAUUUCUGCAUUUUUAUAUGCACUAUUUAUAUAGUAGCUUUAUAUGUAUUCUUUAUGUUAAUAUUCUUGAUAUUCUUUUGUUUGAGUACCUAAUUAAAAUUAUUUUAAACAUUAUUCUUUUUUAAUGCCACCGGAGUAAAGUGUGUGGAAAGUUACAUAAUGUCACCUAAAAAACCAGUCAUACAAGCCAAAAUAAUUUUAAGGGUAUUUGACUGAUUUCUGGAGGAGUUUUUUUGUUACUCAUGUGGACACUUGCAUCUUAGAUUUACCUUUCUAAGAUAGGCCUAAGAGGCAACCUCCACUUGUGAUUUAGUUCAAGAUCUGCAAGUGACAAAACAGGUGAAUGGAGAGGUCCUACGCAGGGCUGCUCCUCAGGGAUGGCAAAUGUGUGGCUUUUCUUUUCAGAGACUCAUCCAUGUGUCAAAAUGUAAUUUCUUAAAGUUACCAUGAUAGCUUUUGCCCAGAGGUUUCGUUGUCUCUUAAAAUAUGUAUUGUUUGCAUUCAUUUGAGCUCCAUUCUUUCCAAUGCAAUUGUCAAAGCAGAGCUUAUUCCCCCAUGGAGCUGGUAUAAUUGUGCUCCUCCACAUGCACCAAGCUCUCUGCGAAGCUACUAGUGUAGGCUCUGCUACUGCUGUUCCAAAAAGGUUCCUCAAAUUCUCUCAGUGCUGAAUUUAUUUAUGUUUUCAGAUGUGAACUUGGUAUUGUCUGAGUAGAAUGUGUGCAGCAUAAUAUAGAAAUGUCUCUGCGCAGGGUUUAGGAGGAGGCAGGAGCCCCUCAGCCGUGUGUGUGCUUUUAUUACAGAAAAACAAGAUGAAGUUGUAUUGUUGAGUCAUCUGUUACAGCUGAUUUAAUUUGUACAUUGUUUUCAUGUUUUAAGUGCCUGCUGAUUUUUUUGUGAAGGAGGCAAUGGUUUCACUGUUACAAGGCAUACUUAGAAUUCUGUACUUGUUACCUGUUCUGUAAUAGAAUAUUUUUGCAAUUUAUGUUUGGAAAUAAAGACUUAUUAGGCAUAA